UGCUGCCGCUGCUGCUCCUUCCCGCCGCCGGGCCUGCCCAGUUCCACGGGGAGAAGGGCAUCUCCAUCCCGGACCACGGCUUCUGCCAGCCCAUCUCCAUCCCGCUGUGCACGGACAUCGCCUACAACCAGACCAUCAUGCCCAACCUUCUGGGCCAUACGAACCAGGAGGACGCAGGCCUGGAGGUGCACCAGUUCUAUCCAUUGGUGAAGGUGCAGUGCUCUCCCGAGCUGCGCUUCUUUCUAUGCUCUAUGUACGCACCCGUGUGCACAGUACUGGAGCAGGCCAUUCCGCCGUGCCGUUCUAUCUGCGAGCGCGCGCGUCAGGGCUGCGAGGCGCUCAUGAACAAGUUCGGUUUCCAGUGGCCCGAGCGUCUGCGCUGCGAGCACUUCCCGCGCCAUGGCGCGGAGCAGAUCUGCGUGGGCCAAAACCAUUCCGAAGACGGAGCGCCAGCGUUGCUCACCACCGCGCCGCCGCCGGGUCUGCAGCCUGGCGCUGGUGGCACCCCGGGAGGCCCCGGCGGAGGCGGCGCGCCCCCGCGCUACGCCACGCUGGAGCACCCUUUCCACUGCCCGCGUGUGCUCAAGGUGCCGUCUUAUCUCAGCUACAAGUUUCUGGGUGAGCGCGAUUGUGCUGCUCCCUGCGAACCCGCGCGGCCCGACGGCUCCAUGUUCUUCUCGCAAGAGGAGACGCGUUUCGCACGCCUCUGGAUCCUCACUUGGUCGGUGCUGUGUUGUGCCUCCACCUUCUUCACUGUCACCACUUACCUGGUGGACAUGCAGCGCUUCCGAUAUCCAGAGCGCCCUAUCAUUUUUCUGUCGGGCUGCUACACUAUGGUGUCGGUGGCCUAUAUCGCAGGCUUCGUCCUCCAGGAGCGUGUGGUAUGCAACGAGCGCUUCUCUGAAGACGGUUACCGCACGGUGGUGCAGGGCACUAAGAAGGAGGGCUGCACCAUCCUCUUCAUGAUGCUUUAUUUCUUCAGUAUGGCCAGCUCCAUCUGGUGGGUCAUCCUGUCGCUUACCUGGUUCCUGGCAGCGGGCAUGAAGUGGGGCCACGAGGCCAUAGAAGCCAACUCGCAGUACUUCCACCUGGCGGCCUGGGCCGUGCCGGCCGUCAAGACCAUCACCAUCUUGGCUAUGGGCCAGAUCGACGGCGACCUGCUGAGCGGCGUGUGUUUCGUGGGCCUCAAUAGCUUGGACCCGCUGCGGGGCUUCGUGCUGGCACCGCUCUUCGUGUACCUGUUCAUUGGCACAUCCUUCCUCCUGGCCGGCUUCGUGUCGCUCUUCCGCAUCCGCACCAUCAUGAAGCACGAUGGCACCAAGACGGAGAAGCUGGAGCGGCUCAUGGUGCGCAUCGGCGUCUUCUCUGUGCUCUACACGGUGCCAGCCACCAUCGUCAUAGCCUGCUACUUCUACGAGCAGGCCUUCCGCGAGCACUGGGAGCGCUCGUGGGUGAGCCAGCACUGCAAGAGCUUGGCCAUCCCGUGCCCGGCGCACUACACGCCGCGCAUGUCACCCGACUUCACGGUCUACAUGAUUAAAUACCUCAUGACGCUCAUCGUGGGCAUCACGUCGGGCUUCUGGAUCUGGUCUGGCAAGACUCUACAUUCGUGGAGGAAGUUCUACACGCGUCUCACCAACAGCCGACAUGGCGAAACCACCGUGUGAGCGAGGGCGCGCGGCUACCCUGCACCUCCGGGAUGGGAUGGCACUGUGCUUUCCUUCUGCAGCGAGGCGGGGGGAGGGCUCCCUACGGACUCCUAUUUUAUUUUUUUUUAAAUAAAGAACAAUCGAAACCAUUUCUUUUCUAGGUCGCUUUUUAAAGAGAACUCUGCCCAACACCCCCACCAGAUAUUUGGAAACUUCCCAGCCGAGAUGAAGACGUGGAAAAAAAAAAAAAACAAAAAAAACCGAGGAUGGUGUGGGGGAGAGGGCGGGGAUCUGGGGAGGUAUGGCCUCCACCGCCCUGGCCCACUCCCCUGCAGGCAGGAAGAUCUUUCUGUCUUUGACUUUUCUUCGUUUCCACUCGCUACCCUAAGCGUCCAAAAUAGGCAGAAUAUGCUUUGUGGACUGUUUUAACCGUCCCCCCACUACACACACACACACACACACACAUACACAAACCACUUCGAGUUCUGAUCCUCUGCCUGAAUUUUUAGAGGUACCAUGAGCCUUUGAACAUUUAUUUGCAAAUUCUGGGGUUUUGAGAUUUUGCAGCCUUCCCCUUAUUUCCUGGUGGUCUGCUGGCCCCCAACCAAAAAACUGGUAUUCAGGUUAGCAGACUGCAGGUUGGUUUAUGUAUGUGGUUUUUUUGUUUGUUUUGUUUUGUUGUUGGGAGCUAUUUUUCUCUUUUUUAUUUCCACAAAGCAAUAAAAAUGGGUUGGGUUGGGGGGAGGGAACGGGUGGACUGAUGGGAUGGGAUUCCUAGUUUUCUUUUUGACAAAAGACUGGUUUCUUUUAAAACUUGUCCAAAAAAAAAGAAAAAAAAAGGGGGUAUCUUUGCUUUAGAAGGCUGUGGGCAGGCUCUUUGUGGCUGUGGGGGUGGGGUUGAGUGUUUACUGGACAUUCUAUAUCACAAGAUUGAUAGAAUGUUUAUAACAGAUGUUUCUUAUCUUCCUCCUACCCCCUCCCAAAUAAAAGUCAAGACUUUUCUUAAGUUAGCUGCCUGAGAAGUGAUGUAUAAAAUAUCUUUGACUGCUGGUAUGAGAAUUCCAGUUUCCAACACACAUCAAUUUCCUCAACUAUUUGGAAUAUUUUAGAAUUUUAAUUCCAAAGGAUUGAUUUGAAGACAAUUAUGCCACGUAACUCAUUUUUUUGCCAUCUCAUGUGUCUUGAUAAUAGUGCAAAUUAAAAGCUAAUAAUCAUAAUAAUAAAGUGCAUUUAAUUAUCUUCAA